ACCAGUAAGAGGCACCAAUGCACCAUUCAACUGCUUCAUAAUCUAUGGAAAAAGAAGACGAAGACGACUCUCGUCUACCAUGGUAACGGCCCAUAAGCGUUGUGGCCACGCCUUCGCGGGAUCUGGUGGCCACGGUCAGUAGCCGCGAUUACUAACCAGCGUAGGACGGGGUCGUUUCUUGCCCAUUUUACUUGAACGUUGCUUAGGUUAUUAGGAAAUUAAGUAUGGCAAAAGUAAACGGUGGUUCGCCCGGGUGUAGGGCCAUUGUAAUGGCCCGUCAGUUUUUGUCAAAGUCUUCACCCAUCGGUCGGCAUCCGAAUAUCGCUCAAAAGAGAUUCAUUAAACUUCAGCGCCGAUUGAUGUCAGCUGAAUUCGCCGGGCAGGGAAACAAGACCCCGGUAUGGAUUCAUGAAGAGCGGACCAAUGCUGUUUCAUCGGCUGAACGCGGUGUAUGGUCGAAUCGCAACCUGAUGUACCGAGAUAUUAAAGCUUUUCUCAGUGAAGUCGGUGGGGAUCCGCGGGAAGCACGAUACUGGCUGACGCAAUUUCAGCGUGCUAACCUGUCACAGACGCCUGCGUUUGCAGUUUUGGAGAUUGACGCCUCUGUAUUCAAGAGCCAUGAGAUGGUGCACAGCCUGGCGUUCAGCCUCUCCUUUCUUCAGCGCAUGGAUAUGAAGACUGUAGUGGUGAUUGGGCUUCCUCCAGACGCGUGUGAUGCAUCUGACUGUAGGACACUGAUGGUGAAGUACUGCCAAGCUCUCACUGAAGCCCUGCAGCACAACUCGGCCAGUGUCAUGCCUUUCUUCAGUGCGGAGGCACUACUGCAACUUCAGCAGCCUCAGCAUGGUUGCAGUGGUGAUCCCUCCAUCAUGGUGGACACAACCCUGAUGAAGUGGAGUCUGAACAGUGGUGCCAUUCCGCUAUUGUGUCCAGUGGGCCUUGACACAGCUGGCUGCUCCACACUCCUCGACUCCUACAAGGUCACGGCAGCCAUUUCACAAGCCUUACAGCCCCUCAAAGUCAUGUUCCUCAACAGCUGGGGUGGCUUCCGCAACCAGAACCAAAAAGUGCUGGGUACGGUAUUGCUGCCGGGUGACCUGUCAGCUCUGAUGUCAGCGCAGUGGCUCAACACGCUGGAGCGCAGCCAGGUCGGCGCCAUCACUCGGCUCCUCAAUCAGCUCCCAGCUGAGAGCUCCGCCGUAGUCACCUCAGCCAACACGCUGCUGACUGAACUCUUCAGCCACAAAGGUUCUGGCACCCUGUUCAAAAAUGGAGAUCCUAUUCACAAAUAUGAAAGCCUUGAGGACAUAGACAUAGACCGUCUCCUGGCUCUGAUUAACAAAUCAUUUGGGAAGAAACUGAAGGAGGACUACAUCACCUCUCUUAAGGGCAGACUGCAUUCCAUCUAUCUGUCUGAAGGGUACAGUGCUGCUGCCAUCAUCACCACUGAGCCAGUGAGCAGUGACACUCCGUAUCUAGAUAAGUUUGUAGUGAGCGGUAGCAAACAGGGCCAGGGCACAGCACAGAUCCUCUGGGAAUGCAUCCGCCAGGACCUGGGCAAACUCUUCUGGAGGUCUCGCUCAACCAAUCGCAUUAACCCAUGGUAUUUCAAGCACUGUGACGGUAGCUUUGUCAACGGUUGCUGGAUCGUCUUUUGGUUCGGCUUGUCUGACAUUCGGGACUCGUAUGAGCUGGUCGAAUACGCCAAGAGCAUGGCAGACUCUUUCUGCCCUAGCAAGGAGGCUGAGACGGUCACUCAGCACAAGUCCCCAGGGUCCUGAUCUUGCCUUCACUACAUUUCACCACACUUCAAUAUGCCCUAUGUAUGUCAUCAGGUUAAACUUUGAACUUCCCGAAAAAUGGUUUCCGGAUUGUUUACCAAGUGAGAUCUCGCUUCUGAGAUGCCUUAAUCCAGGGGUAUCUCGAAGUGAUGUUACACAGUGGCUGCUGGUACAGAUUGUACAUACAUGUUGGUUGGUUUGUUUGUUUGUGUUUAUUUAUCAUUUUUCUUUAAUGUGAUGGUAAUUAAUCAUGAUUCUUUAAAUGUGUACAUUGUAAAAUGUAUCUGAUGAUGGUACCUGAUGAAUCCCUCUCUGCUGAUGGUUGUUCAAUAAACUGGAACUGUAACAUUAA